AUGGCAGCUUCUAUUCUCACCCGGGGCUCCAGCUCUCUGGAGGCCAUUACCGGACGUUCGCGUCCCAAGAUCCAGAUCGAGCUGGCCGGUGAAACAAACGGCCUCGUCAGUUCCUAUACAACCAAGGACCACAUCGAAGGUACGGCGACUAUCACAGUGGACCGUGAUACCCGGUUUGAGGAGGUUGAAAUCACAUUCGAGGGAACCUCGAGGACUGCCGUCGAGCGUGCCUCCUUCCCUGGACGGACGGGCGCCUAUCAAACAUUCCUCAAGCUGCGUCAGCCCAUUGAAGACGCUGCGUAUCCAACCCCCCGCAUUCUUGAGAGUGGGCGCACCUACCAGUUCCCCUUCACCUUUGUGGUGCCCGAGCGCCUCCUCCCCCAGGUCUGCAGUCACACCAAGACCAAUGCUCAUGUGGAGCGCUCCCACACGCAACUCCCCCCAACGCUCGGGGAUCCCAUGCUGGCCAGCAAUGGCAAGACCCUGCUGGAUGACAUGGUCCCAGAAAUGUGUCAGGUCUCCUACCUAAUCUGCGUCUCCAUCCAGCGCAAGCCCACCUCCGAGAGCGGCCCUUUGCGCAAGAUCCUGGCGUCGGCUGGGAAGAAAGUGCGCAUCGUCCCCACAGUCGAGGAGGAGCCGCCAUUGAAUGUCCAUGAUGAAGACCUCUAUUACUGCACCCGCAAGGAGAAAGACGUCAAGCGCGGAUUUAUGCGUGGCAAGCUCGGCCGGCUGGUCAUCGCCGCCUCGCAGCCCCGACCCAUCCAGCUGAUUGCGCCCCAGUGCGAAACCAAGGACUCGGUGGGUAGCGUGGCCACCGUGCACCUGCGCUUCGAUCCCAUCGGCAACGAGCAGCCUCCCCAGCUUGGCAGCGUCUGGUCUAAGCUGCGCGUGUCGACAUUCUACAGCUCUGUCCCCUGGGAGGACUACCCGUCCGCGAUGGCUUCGACCAUGUGGGCGCAGGCGGGUAAGGGCAUCUUCACGGAGACUGUGCCCCUGUCCACGCUCUGCGUCGCAUCCGCGCAGUGGACCAAGCACUCCACUGCCCCGGGCUCUACCCGUCGGGAUUCCCUGGAGUCCACCUCGUCGUCCGAAUCGCUAACUGGACCUUCCGCCUCCUUCGUGGGGAGCACUUACUACACUGCCUCGGUUGUGGUGCCCAUCACUAUUCCGGCCACCAAGGCGUUCGUGCCAACCUUCCACUCCUGCCUUAUCUCGCGCAUCUACACUCUCGACCUGAGCAUCUCCUACCACACCCCGAACGCCAACAUCCUCACUCCGAGCACCUCGCUGCGGCUUCCGCUUCAGGUGACCUCCCAAUCCCAAGCCAAGGCGCGCUCCAAGACUUCCGUUCACGAGAUCACUCUCGAGGAAGUUGAUGCCGAAUUCUUCAGUCCUCGCAGCGUCGCUCCUCCAUCCGACGCGGUCGAUGUUGCGUCGUGUGGGACCCGUCUGCCGCUACCAGGGUCAAUCUCCAUUGCGCCUCCAGAGUACUCGGAACUCAGGAGUUCUUUGGCACCCGGUGUUGCUGCGGGUUGA